AUGCAAAAAAAAUCUUCUCUGGGCCUUCUUGAAGGACUUAAAGGCCUAGUUUUGGCAGCGGUUUUUGAAGCCAGCUUCAGUUUUUAUGAGAAAAUGAUUGAAAUUGCUGCCAUGGAUCGAAGCUUCACCGUACGCGCCCUCCUUUCUGGCCUGUUGAUUGGUGUCCUGGUCAACCUCUCCAACACUUACUAUGGACUCCGAAUUGGCGUGGCCAGUCAAAUGUCCAUGGUCUCGGGCCUUCUGGGAUUUGUCGUCUUCAAACUGUUCUCAAGAUGCAUAGAAAGCCCUUUGACGCCUGCUGAGAAUGUUUUAAUUAUCAGCGUAGCCACAGCUACUGGAUGUAUGCCAGUAACUGCUGGGUUCGUUGGUAUAAUUCCAGCUCUUGAAUAUCUCAUCGGCCCGGAGGAGAAUGGCCCACUACGAAUAGCUUGGGAAAGCCUUGUUUUUUGGUCAAUUGGCCUUUGUUUCUUCGGCCUGAUCUUCGCAUCGAUUUUUCGGGAGCAUUUCGUUGUGCGAGAGACGUUGCCCUGGCCCGGAGCCAAAGCAACUGCGCAUCUUAUCAACACGAUACAUCACGUGCCUCCCGAAUUUUCAACUGCUCCAGGUGGCAUAUUGUCCCCAAGCUUAACAGAGGAAAAUCCAAGAGCAGGGCAGUCUGGAACUCCUGUGGAAGAGCGGCUACUUCUACUUGCGCACGGGAGCGGUGGGAGAUGGAAGGUUGGGAUGAAUCGCCUUUUCCAGGGUGCUACUGGAUCUGGAAUAUUUACCAUUGUUAUCUACUUCGUACCCAUAUUAAAGAAAUUACCCAUUCUCGGAUCGCAUGCGGCGAGUGAAUGGCUUUGGAGUAUGGACCUUUCUCCAGGUUUCUUAGGACAGGGAAUUAUCACAGGGCCCAUAAUUCCGUUGCACAUGUUUAUCGGCGCCAUUAUUGGCUGGGGAAUUUUGUCGCCAUAUGCCAAACACCAAGGCUGGGCCCCCGGUGACGUGGAUGACUGGGAAACCGGGUCAAGAGGGUGGAUUAUAUGGGUCAGCUUGGCCGCGUUAUUCGCAGACGCUUCCGUCAAACUUUCCUGGUUUAUUGUCCGGCCUUUUUGGAACAAGAACGACUCUGUGACAUACCCACGGCCUCCUCGAGGUCGAUAUCAGACUGUGCCAACUCAUGACGACUUUGAGACACCUCAAUUCUGUGAUUCUCAAGUGGUGGACCGGUCAUCGAAUCGGUGGUCGCCGUUAAAAGGGGAAAGGGUUCAUUUGUCUGACAGCCCUAUCACAUCUCGAGCGUUGGGGUUGGGGUUCUUAGUUUCCGUCGUCAUUUGCAUCCUGGCGAUAAAUUUCACUUUCGGGAACUUUAUAACAUGGUACCACACUAUCCUGGCAAUAGCUCUAUCACUCCCAAUGGCAGUGAUAGGUAUACGAUCUUUAGCGGAGACGGAUUAUAAUCCCGAAAGCGCCUUGGUAUCGCAGUUAGUCUUUGCGACAUUAAUACCCCAUUCCAACGCGAAUGGCAUAAUUAUCAGCCUCUUAUCCGCCGCCCUCGCACAAGCAGGUGCAAACCAAGCAGGGGAUAUUUCCUUCGACUUCAAAAUCGGAAGUCUCGUUGGAGCACAUCCACGAGCGCAAACUUAUGGGCAAAUCAUCGGCUCUCUAUUCGGCGCUCUCAUAUCGUGCGGCAUAUACAAACUCUAUGCGUCACAAUAUCCCAUACCGGGACCUCUAUUCAGGGUCCCAUCAUCAUACCUUGUCCUUAGUACGGCAAGGCUAGUGAUGGGUCAGGGUCUGCCGGAAGGAGUUGCGCCGUUUGCUUUGGGAGCUGCUAUUCUCUCCAUGCUGAUUACGAUAGUCAAGAUGCGAUAUGAAACUCGAUGGUGGCAAAAGCUAAUUCCCAGUGGGGUAUCAUUGGCCAUUGGAAUUUACAAUGUACCGUCUUUUACCAUCACACGUGUCAUUGGGGGUCUUACAUUCUGGCUUCGUAAAGUUAGGAGCGGGGAAAGUGAAGGCGAUAUGAUAUUCCUUGCUAGUGGAUUGGUGUUGGGGGAGUCUAUCUCAAGCCUUGUUACCCUCGCCCUUACUGCAGCCCAUGUUAAGAGCAUGUAG